UCUUUGCCAAAACCCUAAACCCCAACCAGCAUCAAUUGAACGCAAUCGCCUCAAGACAGCUCGUGAUUGUCUCUGAUAAUCAGCUCAAUGGCGGGACUGGAGGAGUGCGAGGCGAAUUUGGUGGUUUAUCUUCACCCCUCCAAGGCAAAUUGCCCCAGUGAUGCCAUUCUCAGUGAGCUUAGCUCCCUGCUCUUCACGUAUAAUGAGACGUUUGGUGGAGUGGUAUUGGCAUAUGAUCCGAGUAUACGUUCUAAUUUGGCAAAGAUUGUGCCCGGAACUUUUCCAUGUUUUGGCGUGCAAUUGAAGGCUAAGCUGUUGCUUUUCAAUCCGAAGCCCGACAUGGUUUUAGAGGGGGAGGUUGUUAAGCUUACUCCCAAUUCGAUACAUGCUGUGGUUCUUGGUUUCUCGUCUGCUGUAAUAGCUGAUGACGACAUUCGUGAUGAGUUCAAGCAUAAAGUUAAAGGCGGAGAGGAAGUUUACGUUAGUCGAACACACAGGAAACAUAAGAUAAAAGUUGGAGCAAUUCUACGUUUUACUGUGAAGAGCUUUGAUGAAGAGAUACUUCACAUAUCAGGAUCUCUGCUUGCUCCCCAUACAGGAGGUGCUCGAUGGUUGGAUAAAAACACGGACGAAUGGUCCCGAGUUGACAGCACUGCUACAAAGAGGGACACAGAUAAAUUAUUGAUCAACGUGGAUACAUCUAUGAAAAAUGGUGAGCAGAUUGAGAAGCCAAAGAAAAGGAGAAGAGAACAAAGUUAAAAUUUAAUUAAAAACUGUCAUGCAUGAUUCAGAGACUAAUAUAUGUAAGUAGAUUUUCUUUUGAAAACUUGUGAAGUCCAAUGUCCUGUGCAGCUCCAUGUGUUGUGAUCAAUGUAUUUCAAUUUUCUCCUUUCUUCUCUUUAUUCUGCUUGAUCUUGCCAAUGCUGGAUUUAACUCAUAAACAUCAUUAAUCAAUAUACCUUCGCCACCAUUGUAUUCUUCCA